GAAGAAUAGUGUGAUGGACUGGGGACGGGAGGGGGGCUUGCAGAAAGCUAGAAGGAUCUGCAUAGAGCACUCCUGUCAAGAACACGGCAAUAUAUUCUUACCUUUUCGAUACCGUGACACUGUUUUUGUGAGGUGACCCGAGGAUGGCAAUGGAGUUGCAAAUCACCACAAGAGCCCAAUUAGGGGAGUUUUCAGGGAAAGCGGGAGAGGCCCCUCAUGUCCUGCAGGCUGACAGUGUCCAAGAAUUCCUGCAAAGGAAAGAAGGAUUGCAGGUGAAACAGGAACCCGCUGAAGAGCUUCAGCACUGGGAUGUCCAGUGGCAACAGUUCCUGAAGACCAUGGAGUCCCCUCGCUCAGGGUGGGGGACCCCACUAGUGUCAGGAGAGACCUCUCCCUGGGAUGACACCAAGGACUUCCUGGCCUCCUUUGAGCAAGUGGCCAGAGCCUGCCAUUGGCCCAAGAAAGAAUGGGUGACCCGACUCCUGCCAGCCCUCAGUGGAGAAGCUGAGCAGGCCUAUAUCAAGCUGAAGGCCCGAGACAGAGAGGAUUAUGGGAAAGUGAAGGCAGCCAUCUUGCAAGGGGAUGUCAUGCGGAGGGAGAAGAUUCGCCAACACUUUAGGCACUUCUGCUAUGAGGAGGCUGAGGGGCCAAGAGGGGCUUUUGGCCGACUGCAGGAACUUUGCUGCCAGUGGCUGAAAUUUGAGCAGCGCUCCAAAGAGCAGAUCCUGGAACUGCUGAUCCUGGAGCAGCUCCUGACCAUCCUGCCCCUGGAGAUCCAACGCUGGGUCAGAGGCUGUGGGCCAGAGACCUGUUCCCAAGCAGUGGCCCUGGCUGAGGAGUUCCUGCUGAGCCAGCGCGAGGCCCAGAGACAGGAGGAAAAGGCAGGGGAGAAACAUUGUUCAUCCAUGACCAUUGCAGAGAAGUGGAAAUGGACGCCUCACCUCCAUUUCGGUUUUCCUGGUGUGAUCCGUGAUGAGAGCAUUUUCUUCCUUCAGUGUCCAGUUUCCUUUGAUGAUGUGGCCAUAUAUUUCACCGAGGCUGAGUGGGCCCUGCUGGAUCCAGGCCAGAAAGCUCUCUCCAGGGAAGUCAUGAUGGAGAAUUAUGGGAGGGUGGCCUCUCUGGGAGGUGUGGGUGAGACUCACAACGAGGAGGAACAAAACACUUGUUCUUUGGAAAUAAUCCAGGACCCAUUGGUGGACAAGAACAACAGGAAUCAACAUGAACCAAAAUGGCAGCAGAGUAGGAAAACAGCACCAGAACAGAGGACCACAUCUGUAGUUACUGAGGUCAAGAACCUUCAUGAAGUGCUCAUCCCUUCAAAAACACAGAAGGAAAGGAGAGUGUAUAAGGGUCUCCUAUGUGAAAAGAGGUUCUAUAAUAAAUUAAAAUGGGAAGACCAUGAAAGACUCCACACAGGAGAGAAACCUUAUAAAUGCCUGAAGUUUGGAAAGAGCUUCCUUUGUGGAAAGAGCUUCCAUCAAUGUGGCCAUGUUACUGAAUAUGCAAGAAUUCACACAAGAGUGAAACCUUACAAAUGCCUGGAGUGUGGAAAGAGUUUCCAUAAGGGGCAGGUGAUGGAAGAGCGGGACCCGGAAGGACCUGGAACUGGCAAGAGACUAAGGAGGGGCCUCCUUCCGAUCAAGGUGGGGAGUCCGGCUGAAUGCUGGGACGGACCUGUGCCAGGUACCCUGCCUCAGGGCAACGUGGUCGCAGAUGAACAUCGCCGAUGCUUCCGGCAUUUCCAGUACCAGCAGGCUGAUGGCCCCCGCGAGGUUUGCAGCCUGCUCCACGGACUUUGCAACCGCUGGCUGGAGCCAGAGAGGCACUCCAAGAAGCAGAUCCUGGACCUGGUGAUCCUGGAGCAGUUCUUGGCCAUCCUGCCCCAGGAAAUGCAGUGCUGGGUCAGAGGAUGCGGGCCGGACACCAGUUCCCAGGCAGUGGCCCUGGCUGAAGGUUUCCUCCUGAGUCAGGCAGCAGAGAAGAGACAGGCAGAGCAGAUGUGGGGGCCGUCCCUGGAGAUGGAAACUAACGUCUGUGAGACAGACAGAGCCCAGCCAGAAGAAUGGCUGAGGGUGCAGACCAAGGAGCGUACCCAAGAUGCCCUCUCGUGCGGCAGUGGAGAGACGUUGCUGAGCUGUUAUCUUGGCAGAGACACAGAAAGGGCUGCAGGACCUCAAGUCCAGUGUCCAGUCUCGUUUGAGGAGGUGGCCUUGCAUUUCACCGAGGCUGAGUGGGCCCUGCUGGAUCCAGGCCAAAGAGCCCUGCACAGGGAAGUCAUGAUGGAGAACUGGGGGGUUGUGGCCUCUCUGGGGGGAGGUGUUUGUGAGACUGAGGAAGAGGAGGAAGAAACAAACAGAGUGUCUGUGGAAAGACUCAAGUACCUUGUAGUGGAAGACAGUGCUCAGUACCAACAUGAACCAAAGAGAGAGCAGAGUAGAGAAACUGAACACGAAGAAAAGCGGAUGGCUACAUCGGUUGAUACUGAGAACACAAACUUUCAUGAAAUGCUUAUCUUCCCCCAAAUACAGAUGAAAAACAGAACAUAUAAGUGCCCCUUGUGUGAAAAGAGCUUUAAUUUUAAAUCAAAAUUUGAGAUACAUCUAAGAGUUCAUACAGGAGAGAAACCAUAUAAAUGCCUUGAGUGUGGAAAGGGCUUUAGAAGGAGUGACCAGCUUAAUUUACAUCAACGAACCCACACAGGAGAGAAACCUUAUAAAUGCUUGGAGUGUGGAAAGAGCUUCCAGGAUAGUGACAAACUUACUAGACAUCAAAGAAUUCACACAGGAGAAAAGCCUUAUAAAUGCCUAGAUUGUGGAAAGAGCUUUAGUAGGAAUGAACAGCUUAAUUUACAUAGAAGGAUCCACACAGGGGAGAAACCUUACGAAUGUUUGGAGUGUGGAAAGGGUUUCCGUGAUGGUGGCAGCCUCAGUAAGCAUCAAAGAAUUCACACUGGAGAGAAACCUUAUAAAUGCUUGGAGUGUGGAAAGGGUUUCCGUGACGGAAGCAGCCUCAGUAAGCAUCAAAGAAUUCACUCAGGAGAGAAGCCUUAUAAAUGCAUUGAAUGUGGUAAAGGCUUCCGUGAUAGUGACAAACUUGUUAUGCAUCAAAGAAUUCACACUGGAGAGAAACCUUAUCAGUGCUUGGAGUGUGGGAAGGGCUUCCGUGAUGGUGGUGGCCUUACUAAGCAUAAAAAAAUUCACACAGGAGAGAAACCUUAUAAAUGCUUGGAAUGUGAAAAGAGUUAUUGUGAUGGUGGCAGCCUUGUUAAGCAUCAGAGAACUCACACAGGGGAGAAACCUUAUAAGUGCUUGCAGUGUGGAAAGGGCUUCUGUGAUAGUGGUAAACUUACUAGACACCAGAGAAUUCACACAGGAGAGAAACCUUAUAAAUGCUUAGAGUGUGGGAAGGGCUUCUGUGAUAGUGGCAAACUUGCUAGGCAUCAAAGGACUCACACAGGAGAGAAACCUUACAAAUGCCUAGAGUGUGGAAAGAGCUUUUUUCGGAGUGAACACCUUACUAAUCAUAAAAAAAUUCAUACAGGAGAGAAAAUAUAUAAAUGUUUGGAAUAUGGAAAGAGCUUCAGUGACAGCAGCAGCCUUAUUAAACAGCAUAUAAUUCACACAAGAGAGAAACCUUAUAAAUGCUUUGAGUGUGGAAAAAGAUUUCGUGAUACUGAGAAACUUACUAGACAUCUAAGAAUUCACACCGAAGAGAGACCUUAUAACUGUUUAGCUUGCGGGAAGAGCUUUUUUCGAAGUGACCACCUUGCAAAUCAUCAAAAAAUCCACACAGGAGAGAAACCUUAUAAAUGCAUCGCGUGUGGAACAAGCUUUGGUAACAGUGGCAGCCUUACUAAGCAUCAAAGAACCCACACGGGGGAGAAACCUUAUAAAUGCCUGGAGUGUGGAAAGGGCUUCAAUGACAGUGGCAAUCUUACUAAACAUCAAAGAACUCACACACAAGAGAUACUAAAAAUUUGGAAAGAGCUUCAGUUAGAUCUCAAGCCUUACUUUGCAUCAUAGAAUUUAAAUCUGGGGUGGGGGUAGCUGUAGAAAUGUUUGGCAUGUGGCAAAAAUAUCAGGAAUAUAAUUGAGCUGCCUGAACAUCAUAGAAUCCACAUGGAGAAUAUGUUGACAAUCCUUUUCCCUGAGAACAAAGGAUCAGAACUAUAGUCUUAUUAGCCACCAGGUUAUUCUCACAGCAUGGAAGCUCUAUCAUCAGGGAGGGUACGAGCUUUCAUGGGAGGGUAUGAGCUUUCGUGAGCCACAGCUCACUUCUUCAGAUGUAUCUUGCUCUUUUCUACUGUUAUAUAUUGUAAAGACAUCCAUAUAAACCCAUUGUCCAGGUUACAGACCAGUUACUUUGUGUUUAGAACUGUCUAGAUGAUCAGCAACAACAUUCUUAUGUCCACAGACAUGAAUGAGGCAGUCUUGCAAUGAUAAACUCCACCUGAACAUUGUUACCCUUUGUGUUAUGAAGCUAUAUAAUGGGAAGAUCCAGAGGAGUUAGCCGUGUUAGUCUAACAUGCAUCUGACAAAGAGAACUGUGAUUCUCAAAAACGUAUGUUACAAUAAAGUUGGUUAGUCUUUAAGGUG